AUGUCUCGACCGGGCACUCCGAGUGGGCUCGCUGGGUAUUACCCAGAGGAUCAAGAUGAGCCCGGCAGCAGCAGCCUGCUUCCAGUAGACCCUGCCAUCGACCCUCGUCUUUACAACGCUAGCUACCUAGAGCCUGGGUCCGAUGUUGAUUAUGUCGGCGCUGAAGAUGGCAUCGCGUCCAUGUCAUUAGGCCAGCGGAGGCUACUCCAAGAACAAGUCGAUUUAAGCGCGUCAGAUGAUGACUCUGAUGAUGAGCAGUUAUGGGACGAAGGAGCAGACUUAUAUGGUGAGGAGGCAUCUCCUGGAGGAGAUAUUGAAGAUCAAGAAGACCAUGAUGAUAUCGAUCACAGCAGUGAUGAUUACGACGCCCGUGAAGAUAUGAACACUGAUUCGCCCCCCCCACGAAAACGCCGCCGCAGAGGUCAGGGCCCAUUCAGUGGCCGUUAUGGCGCACGAGGAGGCAAAGGCAUCAAGCGAGGCCCGCGUCGGCCACUUGAACCUAGCCCAGAGUUUAAAAUGCUUCAUUCCCAGGCUACCGAAGCCUUCAUUGACGGCGACUAUGAGCGCGCAACUGAUUUAGUGCAAAGAGCUAUUCUCGUCAAUCCCGAAAUGUUUGCGGCGCACUCGCUGCUCUCCGAGAUCUUUCUAGCUCGAGGAGAAAAAGACAAAGCUGUGUCUGCUCUCUUCAGCGGGGCUCACACUCGGCCGCGUGAUCCUACCGUGUGGUACAAAGUGGCAAAACUCAUUCAGGAUAGAGCUGGAACAGAUCGGCAGAAAACUCUGAACGACAUGAUUUAUUGCUAUAGUCGCAUAAUUGAAAUCGACCCCAAAAUAUACAAUGCUCGCUUCCAGAGGGCCGCUGCAUAUCGCGAACUUGGACACAAUGGUAGGGCAGUUACCGAAUAUGAACGUAUUCUCAAGGAGCUCCCUCACAAUAUCCGGGCUCUUCGACAUCUGGCCGAGACACUCAUAGACAUGCAUGACGUUCGGAAAGCAGCUCAGUAUUACAUGACAAGCAUUGAAUAUUACAUGUCUCUUGAGGCUGAGGAUAGCAUUGAAUUUUCCUGGUCAGAUGUAAACAUCUGCGCCGAGUUGUUUGCCUUUAUGGGACAGCCUGAAUCGGGCCUGCACCUGUUGUCGUCAGUCUCGAGGUGGCUUCUGGGCCGCAAAGAUGACGACGUGUGGGAUAACUUCGUGGAUGAUGAUCGAGAAUGGGAUGCUAAUGACUCGCCCCGUCGCAUCAAGACCGACGGUUUCGUGCCUGGUGUCUAUCCAGAAGAUUCGUAUGGAUUAGGACUUCCAAUGGAAUUGCGCAUCAAACUAGGCUCGUUCCGCUUGAAGUUAGGCGAGAGGUACUUUGACGAGGCAUUGACUCAUUUUGAAUGGCUUGGUCCUGAUGAUACUUCAGAGCACUCUAACGUGUAUGACUAUGCUGAUCUCUACAGAGAAGCAGCGGACGCAUUGAAGGAUGCAGGCUUGUUUGAACAGGCACUGCGCUUCUAUAAACCAUUACAGCUUACCGAGGACUAUGCCGAUGUCAGCUUCUUCCUGGCCAUGGGCGACUGUGCCUUUGCGUGUGAUAACCAUGAAGACGCAGAGUUCUGCUACCUCACGGUUGUCGAGAAUGACUCUACGAAUCUCCAGUCUCGUGUGAACCUAGCUAAGCUGUAUGAAGUAAUGGGCGAGAAACAGAAGGCGCUUUAUUUUGUAAACCAAGCUGUCUUACUUGGACGUGACGAAUAUGGAGGUCGCAGUCGAAGACGACGUAGGGAUCGUCGAAUUGCACAGCUAGCAAGAGAAUUCCAAGAUGCUAGCACUACGGCAGCGCGGAAUCAUAUUGUGCCCCGAUAUCUAGCGAGCGUGACGGCUCAACACGAAACCUUACCAGAAAGUGAUCAAGAUCGUCCACAGCAUGUACAGUAUUUGUAUUCCAAAAUGAAUGACCUUCGAUCGGCUAUGCGGGCAGGAGAUGCUGAAGUGACAGAGGAUUGGCUCGACAUUGCGGACGCAUUGCUGCGUGAUUUCCGGACUAACCGCGUGUUCUAUCCUUUACAAAAGCAUGUGACUUUUCUUGGGUAUUCACGAGAGGAGCAGUUAAAGGCUGGUAAAAAAAAGGAUACGGUACUGGAUGAGAUGCAAGAGAUGGCAGGACGAUUGCAAGAAUCACUAGGUCAAAAUCUGACAGAAGACGCUGAAACCAUCAUUCCUAAUGAUUAUUACGGAAUAUCGUUUGACGAAUGGCUGGAAAUGUUCCUUGAAUACGCUUUUGUAGUUUCUGGACAAGGUGAAAAGGAAGAGGCGUACAAUGUUCUAGCAUCUGCGGCAGAUGCCAGCGUCUGGUAUCAUUCAAAGGACAAAGUACGGCAGAUUCAUGUUUGCUGGUUAACGUGCGCCCUUCAACUACACGACGAGGAAACACUUGUCAGCGAGGCACGAUGGUUUACCAAGGACUAUCAAUUCGUAACAGAUACAUAUCGAUUAUUUUCCCUACUGAGCAGACUAUGCGGCGAUCCAAACAGAUCGCUAUUUCACGCAUCGCCGAGCAUGAAAUAUAUGCUCCGACAAGUCAAGUCCAUGGAUUCCACAUUACCCAAAGACUAUAACCCAAUGACAGCAGCAUCGUCAUCAACAAUGGCCAAAAGAUCAAAAGCAAAGGCAGGACUCCCAUCAAAGCCAAAAACCGCAUCUUUAACCUCGCGCAACGAAAAUGGCGAGCUCGUAGCCGCAGUAGACAUGGACGUCGCCCUCUUGGUUUUAUAUGGACACAUCCUCUACUCCGGAAACAGCUUCUACCCGGCACUGAACUACUUUCUUCGAGCGUAUGCGCUCGACCCCGAGAACCCAUCAAUCCUGCUAUCCAUUGCAUUGUGCUACAUCCAUCAUGCGCUCAAGCGACAGGCAGAUAAUCGUCAUUACUUGAUCCUGCAAGGAUUCUCGUUUAUGUCGUUAUACCGGAAAGCGCGCGAGAAGAAAAACACCGUACACGACAGUGAUAACAAUAGCGCAUUGAUUGUUGAGCGUCAAGAGGUACAAUUCAAUUAUGGUCGUGCCUAUCAUUCCCUCGGCUUGCUUCAUCAAGCAGUAUCAUGCUACGAGCGUGCGUUGGAAAUGGGAGAUCAAAUCAGCGCCAGACAUGAAGAAAACGAGCAGGGGAGAAAAGAAAACAAAUUCGUUGAAGACUUCUCGCCCGAAGCGGCACUGGCCUUGCAGAAUAUUUAUGCGCUGAACGGGGAUUUUGCGGGUGCUAGGAGGGUUACGGAGAAGUAUCUUGUUAUUUGA